CCUGGCUCGGCCUCCCCCCCCACCAAACCCUUGCCUCUGGGGUACAUCACUCCCCUCAACCUGUUUCGCCCGAAGACACUUCGCCUCUCUGCCACAAAUCCUCCCCCUCCCUAGUUUCGCCCAAAACCAUCGCCUUCGCAACCGUACCCUCGCGAUACAGUCAUCAUUAGAGCUAACUGGGAAGGCAACGUCGAGAUCGCGGCGAGACCCGAACUCCCAUCUUUCUCCUCAUUGCGCUCCGCUCCUACCCGAAACAAUCGAGGAGAUAACUUCACAUCUUUCUUUUGCGUUCCCGGAUUCACUAAAUCCGAUUUACGCCCGAGUUUUGUGAAAUCCGGAUUUAUCAAAUCCGCGGCUCUAUUUUGUCCAGACCAACGUUACAAUGGAGCAUGGAUCAUUGAAUGAUAUAAGGAAUUCAACUUUUUCUUUGAUGGAUGAAGACCACACCUUGGCAAACUCUCUGAGAUUCUUAUUAAACAAAGACCCUCGGGUUGAAUUUUGUGCGUAUAGUAUCCCUCAUCCAUCAGAAAAUAAGGUUAAUAUAAGAGUUCAAACUACAGGUGAUUCAGCAAAGGAUGUGUUCAAAGAUGCUUGCCAAGAUCUUAUAUUGUUGUGCCAGCAUGUGAGGUCCACAUUUGAUAAAGCUGUUGCCGAUUCUUCAACCAAAUGAGAUUUGUUUCUUUUCCCACCAUUCCCUGCUUUGCAUAAUAAGACUUUAUCUACGAACAAAUGUGUUCAUGUUUCUCAUCAGCUUAUGUAUUGAUGACUUAUCAUUCCUUCUGUAUUUACAACUUCAAUUUUUACGUAUCAAUCCUUAUGCUUGAAAAAUGUAUAUUUCACUUUU